AUGGCGAUGGAAGACUUGAUUCCGGUCGUCAACAAGCUGCAGGAUGUCUUCAGCGCGAUCGGGCAGACCCCCAUCGACCUCCCACAGAUCGUCGUCAUCGGCUCGCAGAGCUCGGGCAAGAGCAGCGUCCUCGAAAACGUCGUGGGGCGCGACUUCCUGCCCCGAGGCACGGGCAUCGUGACCCGCCGCCCCCUCAUCCUGCAGCUCUACAACACCGCCGGCACCAUGGGCGGCAAGCGCGGGAGCUCGGGGGUCGCUUCUGCUGCUGCCACUGCUGCUGCCGGCCCCGCCGGUACCUCCCCCACCGCCCCUCCCACCCCCCCCCGCAAAGAAUCCGGCUACACGGUGACCGGUAGGCAGGACUCGGGUUCUGGAGGGCUUGUCGGGGGCCGCGUGGCUGCUUUCGGGGGGAGUUCGAACGGCUCGGUGUUGCCUGGGGGUGCGCCGAGGACGCCGAGCAGGACAGGCCGGAGCGGGCCCGGGGCUGGGGGGGGGCUUAGCCCGCCGCCUAGCCCGAAGCCGCCGACGCCGGAGAGAGAAUGGGGGGAAUUCCUCCAUCUCCCUGGCCAGAAGUUCUUUAACUUCGCCGAGAUCAGGGAGGAGAUCAUCCGCGAAACGGACAGGCUGACGGGCAACAACAAGGGGAUAUCCGCCAAGAGCAUCAACCUCCGGAUCUACUCGCCUUUCGUGCUUAACCUCACCAUGGUUGACCUGCCGGGCAUCACCAAGGUGGCCACCGGAGACCAGCCGGCCGACAUCGAAGAGCAGAUCCGAGGCAUGUGCUUGCAGUACAUCAAGAACCCGAACGCCAUCAUCCUCUCCGUAACGUCGGCGAACACCGACCUGGCCAACAGCGACGCCCUCAAGAUGGCGAGGGAGGUGGACCCCAAAGGGGACAGGACCGUCGGCGUUCUCACCAAGAUCGACCUCAUGGACCCCGGCACCGAUGCUGGGGACAUGCUGGACAACCGAAUUAUCCCCCUCAAGCGAGGGUUCGUGGGUGUAAUCAACCGCGGACAGAAGGACAUUGAUGACGGGGUCAGCAUUCGGCAGGCCCUUCAGAAGGAGGCGGCGUAUUUCAGAGACCAUCCUGCCUACAAAGGCCUCGACAAGCGCGUUGGAACGACCAACCUUUCCAAGACCCUCAACCAGAUCUUGAUGCACCACAUCCGCGACUGUUUGCCGGAGAUCAAGAGCAAGCUGAACGUGAUGAUGCAGAGCGUGUCUCAAGAGCUGGCUGAGCUCGGCGAGCCGACGGACUGCGUGUCUGGCGCCUCUCUCACGGCUACCUUGCUUACUCUCUUGUCCAAGUUCGCGUCGAACUUCCACGCGGCGGUCGAUGGCCGAGGCUCGUCGCCGGACGGAAUUGAGAUGAACGAGCUGUACGGCGGGGCUAGGAUAAGCUACAUUUUCCACGAGAUUUUCUCUCACAGCUUGGCCACCAUCGACCCCUUCGAGGGGCUCACGGACCAGGACAUCCGAACGGCAAUCUACAACGCCAACGGCACCAGGCCUAGCCUCUUUGUGCCGGAGAUGUCAUUUGAUCUGCUCGUUCGCAAGCAGAUUGCCAGACUGGAACAGCCUGGCCUCCAGUGCGCUGACUUGGUCUUCGACGAGAUGCAAAGGAUCGCGGCUCAGUGUGAGGGGACGGAGCUGACCCGUUUCCCCUGUUUGCGAGACCGGAUUGUGGAGGUGAAUCACCAGCUGCUGCGAAAGUGCAUGAACCCUACGCAAGUGAUGAUCUCCAACUUGAUUAAGCUAGAGCUGGCGUACAUCAACACUUCCCACCCCGACUUCAUCGGAGGCAGCCGUGCGAUCGCCGAGGUUAUGGAGAGGAAUAGGACGCCCAACGGGGGUGGCGGUGGCAGCGGAAACGACGCAUCAGCCCCACCCGAGCGCCCCGGAGGCUUUGGGCCCGGCCCCCGCGGCAUCGGGCAGCAGCCGUGGGGCGGGCUGCCCGACAGCAGCAGGGCCGGGAGCUCUAACGAUUUUAGGGGGGGGGGAGGAGGGGCUCAGCAGCAGCAGCACGCGAGGUAUGGGGAGAGAGGGGGCGACGGCGGCGGCGGGUCGGGGGACGGCGGCGGCGGGUCGCGGCACCAGGAGAAGGAGCGUGGGGGAGGCCUGAUGUCGUUUAUCUUUGGAGGCGGGCAGCAGGAUAAGCAGCAGGGAAGACAACCUCCGCAGAUGGUCAAGCUUCCACAGCCGCCGGAAACGAUGCGUCAAUCGGACGAGCCGACGGACAGAGAGCGAUGCGAGAUGGAGAUCAUCAAGAGCCUCAUGAGAAGCUACUUCGACAUCGCCAGAAAGAACUUCCAGGAUUUGGUCCCCAAGACGAUCAUGCAUUUUUUGGUGAACGACGUGAUCAACAUGCUCCAGAACGAGCUGGUGUCGAAACUGUACAAGGAGGACCUCACGGGAGAGCUCAUGCGAGAGACUGAUGACGUAGCAGAGCGGAGACGCAUCUCGAGAGACAUGCUCUCCCUACUCAAGAAGGCAGUCGGCAUCGUCAGCGAAGUGCGCGACUUUAACCCCUUCCUGGGUUGAUGUAUUUGUUGGCAUUGAAUAAUUCAAGACGAUGUAUUGGACCCGGAGCUUCUUUCGUGCUGUAAACUACGCCACCCUCCUCCUCCUCGCUGUUGUCGCUGUUGUUGUUGUUGAUGGAUGCUGUGUUGUUGUUGCUAUCAUUGUCGUGAGCUUUUCGGUUAUUUGUGCCGUUUUCGACGCACGAACCCCGACUCUACGGCAAUUUGCUGCUGUACAUGCUUUUCUUGCUGUCGUUACGUCGUCUUGUGUGAGAUCCGAUCCCUUCCUUGGGCGGGUAGGGACUGUGACGAUGCGCAUGUUUGACGAUGAUAGCGCGUUUUGGUGUGUUUUUUGGCGUAGGACAAGGCGAUGUUACGGGAGCGCGUAGUUCGUGUUUCGACAGUUUGAGACAUUUCUGAGUUUUCCAAAGUGGCAGUUUUGCUCUCCUCCAUCUCCCUCCUAAGUAAUAUUUUCUUUUUGUGUGCCAGAGGUGUUUUAUUGUGUAACUUCCAGCUUGGCACUUAACCGUGCGCCCUUUGUCGGUGGUGUAGUUGGAUUGAGCGUUGUUUCAGCGAACCUUCAGAACUAAGAACUAAAACGAAUUUCGCGCGGAAACUAGGUACUUCCGUUGGACACAGUGUAGCGGGGGAGGGUGCAACUUUUUAUCCCAGAACGCCAUCAUGCUUGUGUGUAUGGAUUUUCCCGCCAUGAAACGCGUGCGACUCAACUUAAUACGGUUCGGGGAGAUGGGAUUGUUUUCGCUGUGCCAAGUCUCUGGAGGGCGAGGGCGGAGGGAUGGCGAGAGUAUCCCGUACCCAAGCACGGGGACGAUCAAACUCUGAGUGAGCCCUAGUGCU